AUGUCUGUCCGAUAUCUAGACGAACACACACUGCUUGAAGGUCAUCAGCCCUCCAAACCAUCCCAACAUUCUCCUAAAUCACUGCAACGACCCGAGAUGGCUUCUGUAGCAAUGUUGCUCCUUUUCUACUUCUCAGAACCGCAGACAGGCUUUCCCAGGAUUGACAAGCUAAUGGACAAGACUCGCACAUGGUACGCCACGCACCCUGAGAUCGUUGCAUCCAUCCAAGCUGACGCUCACGCAGAGCUGCCACGUCAACUGCCUCCGACACCUGAGGUGCUUGACUGCAAUGAGCGUGUUGAUCGCGCAAUUUCCCAUUCACAGCAUCACAUCACUGAAGCGAAGGAGCAGGCUGCGGGACCAGUGUCGGACCAUCUUUCCGAGGAUCUGACUGACGCUGAGCUAGAUGAACAGCGCAAUGCAGAGAAGUGGCACGCACGCUACACGGCGGCUGACCAGCUCACUAAUGGCCUGCUAGCUAGCAGCCAGAAGCUCUUCGAAGCAGUCUCGGAUCUGAUCAGUGAAACGCAGGCCGACGAAAUCGCAAUACUAAAUAAUACGAGGGUGCCAGACGCGCCGCCAUCGCCCAGUCUCGGAUGGCUCAGCUUGCCACUGGAUGUGAAGCAAUGGGUUGCAGAGAGUGUGAAGCCGGGCAGCCUUCACGUCACAGGCAUGCUUGCGCCGAAGACUCGUUCAUUCGGCGUGUUCGACAGUCGUCUCCAUGCUAAGAGGGCUUGGUCGCUGACGUAUCUGAACAGAUCCUAAGGCAUCAGAUGGAAGAGGCGGAACAGCCUUACGGCUCAUGAACCGGUGAAGACGCGAGCAUAAAG